CCCGGCACCAAGGUUUGCCUGGGAUCAGAGUGCCUGGAGUGAUGUGGCAACCGCAAGGACCCUCCUGCCGGCCUCAGCCAGGAAACCAUCCCUACUGGAAUCCAGGGAGGAGGGUGGGGCCAAGCAUGUGGAGGGUACCAUGAUGCUCUUGGGGAACAUUUGCCAGUGUAUGGGCCUUGUCUGUGAACUGGCCCAGAGAGACCCUGCCCAGAGGCUGCUCAGAUAUUAUAGUGGCUGGGAUUUCUCUGGAGUGCCUAGAGAAGAUGGAGAGAGAGGAGAGAAAAUGUGGGCUGAUUGGAUGGAGAUUUUUGGCUCAGUGCAAGUUGUUGAGGUUUUUGUCCUGUUGCCAUUUGUCCCUGCCCUGGGCCCUUCAAUCUUUCCUGUUCUAAGUGAACUUCCCCAUCAUACACCACUAGGGACCCUGGGUUUUAGCCAAUAUUUCCCCUAUCUGCUGGGAGGCACAUGUAGGAUAUUCCUCUGGUUACCUUGCCACCCUCUCCCUGUAACUGCAGAAACAGACAGAAGCCAAGAGGCAGAAAAUCAUCCGGGAGUGGAAGAAGCUAUGUGGGUUUCUGGAGGAGCAGCUUCCCGCUGUCCUAGCUGGAAGAGCUAGACAGAGCAAUUGUCAAGAGAGGGGAUGAGAGGAUCUCUGAACUGUCCCUGGAGAUUUCCCUGCUCAGUGAAAUGGGAGGAGAGAAUGGAAAGGAGCCACUGAGCCAAUCCAUACAGGAUUUCUUCUUCCCAAACCUGACAUGAUUUCCAAGGUGGAACAAGGGGAAAUGCUGUGGGUCCCAGAUCUCCAGGGCUCCAAGGAGAGGGAGAUCUUGAGAGCAGGUGAUGGGAUGAUGAGAAAGUACAAGGAGGAGAAUCCCCAGCAGGAAGGUCCUGAGCAAGUGGAACAACACUGGACAUUACCGGGAAGAUCUGAAGGGAAUGUGUCCUUGAGUCCUCAGCAGGAAGCAGCUUGUGAGAAUGAGCACAGGCCAGAGAACCAUCAGGAUAACCUCCCCAUGCAGGAAGUAGGUAAAGGUGUUCAUUAUGAGGGAGGUUGCAAGGACCUUAAGAGAACAACAGUCCAGCAGAGAAUCUCCAUGGGAGAGAGAAAAACCACAUGCACCGAGUGCGGGAAAAGCUUCAAAUGGAGAUCAGACCUAAUUAGACAUGAGAGAAUCCACACAGGAGAGAGACCCUAUAACUGUCCCAACUGUGGGAAAAGCGUCAACGAUAGCUCAGCCCUUACUUUACAUCAGCAAACCCACACAGGAGAGAGACCGUAUAAGUGCCUCAACUGUGGGAAAAACUUCACUCGCAGCUCUCGCCUCAUUGAACAUCAGAGAGUCCACACAGGAGAGAAACCCUAUAAAUGUCUCGACUGCGGGAAAAGUUUCAGUGUGAACUCAGCUCUCAUUAGACAUCAGAGAGUGCACACAGGAGAGAAGCCUUAUAAAUGCCCUGACUGUGAGAAAAGCUUCAAUGUGAGUUCAUCCCUUAAAACACAUCGGAGAAUCCAUACGGGCGAGAGACCCUAUAGAUGCCCUGACUGUGGGAAAAGCUUCAAGGAGAGAUCAAGCCUUAUUAACCAUGAGAGAAUCCACACAGGAGAGAGACCCUUUAAAUGCUCCGAGUGUGGGAAAAGCUUCAACCAGAUCUCAGCCCUUCUUCUACAUCAGAGACUCCACACAGAAGAGAGACCCUAUAAAUGCCUCAAUUGUGGGAAAAACUUCCGUGUGAGCUCAGCCCUCAUUAGACAUCGGAGAAUUCACACAGGCGAGAAACCAUAUAAAUGCCUUGAAUGUGGGAAAAGCUUCAAUGUGAUUUCAUCCCUUUGUACACAUCAGAAAAUUCACGCGGGAGAGAAACCAUAUAAGUGCUCCGACUGUGGAAAAAGCUUCAAUAUUAGUUCGUCCCUUAUCACACAUCAAAGAAUCCAUACAGAAGAGAGACCCUAUAAAUGCUCCAGCUGUAGGAAAAGCUUUAAUAUUAGCUCAUCCCUGAUUAAACAUCAGAGAAUGCACACAGAAGAGAGACCCUAUAAAUGCACCAACUGUGGGAAAAGCUUCAUUCAGAGCUCAUACCUUAUUAAACAUCAGAAAAUCCACAUGGCAGAGACGCCUAUACAUGCCCCAGUCAGUAGCCAUAGUAAAAAUAAACCAUUUCCUGAUUUCCCUCCUACAUCAGUGACAUUUGGUUCCCAAAUAUGUGGCUGCCCCUCUCUGGGGUGAGGAUACAGCAGCAGACAAACCUGAACUGAUGAGUGACUCUGGUUCUGUUUGUCUAGAACACCCCAGGCAGAGCAGAAUACCUGAUCCACUUUGCCUCAUUGCUGCAGGCCCAGCUGCUGAGGCGAUGUGCCUCUCCGCCUUCUACCUGAUGGGCAAAGGAAGAGAAAAGAACAACUCUGGAAAUUCCCUCUCCCCUUCCCUGCCCUUUCAUGGAGAUUAGCAGAAGAAAACUUGGGUCCCAUAUUCACUCUAGAGACCUGUCUCCAUCUCUUUUCUUCCACCAGCCCAUGGGCUGGGCUCUCACACUUAACUGGAGUUGUUCCCUGCAGUGGGGUGUCCCUGAGGGCUGGUAACUCCUUCUCUCCCCAAAUCCCCCAGGGUGCUUGUUUCUUGGGGGAUCAGAUGUUAACAGACCAGGAGGGAUGGGGGAUGGGCAGGUAAUGGAGAAAUGUAAUGUUUGGGGUUGAUGGAGAUGGGAACCAGAAGCAGUCAGAUGCAGAGUGUUGAGGUUUCCAGUGUGUGGGGAUCAUGGAAUAACAAGUGUGGAAAGGGAUGGGAUUAGGAAGGUACUUCUCCUAUAUUUCAGCCCCUCUGACCCUUUCCCUGUCCUCUCAGUAUUAAGAAAGCAUCACUGAAGGGACACAAAAACUAGGGGUCACCAAAUGAAAUUAAUAGGCAGUAAGUUUAAAACAAACAAAAGGAAGUAUUUCUUCACACAAAGCCUGUGGAACUUUUUACCAGCAGAUGUUGUGAAGGCCAAGACUAUAACAGAGUUCAAAAAAGAACUAGAUAAAUUCAUGGAGGCUAGGUCCAUCAAUGGCUAUUAGCCAGGAUG